AUGGCCUUGAGAGGUGUUAGCAAUUUCGCUACUACUACUACAUUGGUCUCCUUCCUUCUCAUGUCCUCCAUUGCUGUUGUAAGCAAUCAAAGCUACCUUUCUCCAGGCUUCUCCAUCUCCACCAGGGAUACCACCACAGCCAUCCUAGUGUCGCCUAACGGCGCCUUCUCAUGCGGCUUCUACAAGGUGGGCGCCAAUGUCUUCACCUUCUCCAUCUGGUUCACCAGGUCAAACAGCAAGACCGUUGCCUGGACGGCCAAUCUUGAUGCCUCGGUCAUCGGAAAUGGCUCCAGGAUUGUCUUCCAGAAGUUCGGGAGCUUAGAACUCCUUGACUACUAUGGCGCAGCCAUAUGGAGCACCAACACAGCUCAUGCUGAAAGUGCAGUGCUUCUCGACACAGGCAACCUUGUCAUCAUGGAUCAAGGUGGACGUCGCCUCUGGGAGAGCUUCGACUCGCCGACACACACACUUCUGCCAUCACAGUUGAUGACCACAAAUACUAAGUUGGUAUCUACAUCUGGCAACGGUUUGCUCUCUUCAGGCUUCUACACCUUUUACUUUGAUAGUAACUACACGUCGAGGAUUAUGUACAAUAGAGAUGAGAUUAGCACCAAAUAUUGGCCUAUACACAACCAAUCGUGGGAGAAAGCUACGACCAGUAAUAUCAGGAACCAAUACUGUGGUGUUGAUGACAAUGGCACUUUUGUCGCUGGUGACCAGCUUAAAGUUGAAGCCUCUGAUCUUGGUGAAGGUAAAAUGAGAAGGUUGACUCUGGAUUAUGAUGGCAACCUUGGGAUGUACAGUCUAGACAUGACCAGCGGCAAUUGGUCCGUCUCUUGGAUGUUGUUCACUCGGCUAUGUGAAAUACAUGGCCUGUGUGGCGUAAACAGCCUAUGCAGUUACAGACCAGAGCCUGAGUGUUCUUGUCUUGAAGGCUUUGAAGUGAUCGACCCAAGAGACUUGAGCAAAGGGUGCAAGUGCAAGACAAAUAGUGUAGCCAACAAGGAAUUUACAUUCCAAGAACUUCCUGGAACAGAUUUCUGGGGGUACGAAUUAAACUACAACAUGUCAAUGCCAUUGGAGAACUGCUGGAAGAUCAGCUCAGACAGUGUUAGUUGCCAAGCAUUUGGUUACCGUGAGGGAACCGGUCAAUGUUAUCUUAAGAUCUUGCUUUUCAGUGGAAAGGAAUUCCCAGAACCCUACAAUGAUAUAUAUCUGAAAGUUCCUGAGGCGACAUUUUCAUUGCCAGUAUUUCCUUCUAGACAAAGCCCUGUCUGCGGAGUUCUUGAAAAUGUGGCAUCUUCUAUAGCAAUUCCUCCUCAGAAAGAGUUCAAGUUCAGCUACAAGGAGUUACAGAAAGCAACUAAUUGUUUCCAUGAAGAGCUGGGAAGUGGUGGGUCAGGAGUGGUUUACAAGGGAGUCCUCAGUGAUGAAAGGAAGGUCGCAGUGAAGAAGCUAAGUGAUAUUAUCCAAGAAGAGCAAGAGUUCAGGUCUGAACUUAGUGUCAUUGGAAGAAUAUAUCAUAUGAAUGUGGUGAGAAUAUGGGGGUUUUGUGCUGAGAAGACUCAUAGGCUUUUGGUUUCUGAGUUUGUUGAGAAUGGUUCUUUAGACAAGAUUCUGUUUCAUAAUAUGAACUUAUCUCCUAGUCUGACAUGGAGCCAAAGGUACAACACUGCACUCGGCGUAGCAAAAGGUCUAGCCUAUCUCCACCAUGAAUGUCUUGAAUGGAUCGUGCAUUGCGAUGUCAAACCAGAGAACAUACUAUUAGAUGAAGACUUCCAGCCAAAACUUGCAGACUUUGGGUUGGUGAAACUAUUAGGCCAAGGAGCCGGGGCACAAAUGUUGUCAAGAGUUCAUGGGACUAGAGGCUACAUUGCACCUGAAUGGGUUCUAAAUCUUCCAAUCACUGGCAAGGUCGAUGUUUACAGCUACGGAGUAGUGCUUGAGUUAGUGAUGGGUACUCGGGUUUCCAGUCAGGUGGUACAGGGUGAGGGCAAAGUGGAGGUGGAAAUGGCUGUUGGACACUACACCAAAAUUCUUAAAGAGAAAUUGGCAAGCAAAGAUCAGUCAUGGCUCCUGGAGUUCGUUGACUGA